GCAGUAUAAUCAUCUAGACCACAUUAAAAAAAUAAGAUAUGCGGGUCAAAAGAAAGAUGUGAAUUCCAUUAAAUUCUAUUUUAUGCUUCAAAAAGAACACUGUAGACGUGCGUGUGACGAAUUAUGUCUGGAAAAACCGGGCCGUAGUGUAAUUACCCACACUAUUGUAGAGGCCAUGAAGGAAACUUGUCGCAAACUGUAUGAAUCAAAGUAUAAAAUUUUGAAACUAUGGGUAGGAAGACAAUUACCAAAGACAUCAGGGCCAGGCUUUGAUACUAUCGUUGUUGUUAUAGAGGAAAACACACAACGAAAAGAACAUAGUUCACUUUGGGGAUUCUACGUCAUAGUAGUGCCAGGAAAUGAAUGCAAUACAGAAGCAAAUGCAUUAUUUCAAUACGAAUUACAAGAUCCGACAGAAGCAACUGUCAAUCCUGUGAAUAAAACCGAAUUGUCGGACUUGUUCAAUAACCACAGUAACAUUUCUUUGAUAAAUUUAUCGAACGUCAAAUCAAAAGGAUUUGGCACGAGUUCCUUCCGAGUAACAAAAACACCAACUAUUGUUAUCUACUGCCAUGUAAAAGGAGUGGUACCUAUCGGCGAAAGAAUGUUUCCAGAGAAAGUGAGUGGAUUUCAAGUCGAUGUUAGAGAAGGAACAUGCAGCCUCGCAGUAAGAGAACUAUGCAUGAGUGAAAAUAUAUGUGCUGAUAACUGUGCAAAGUUUGGAACUCUCGGAGGAUUUGUAGACCUGCACAAUCCACCUGGUAAAGCAUUUUUAACAUGUGCUCAUGUUGUUUUACCAACAAAUGUGUUACAAAACCAAUUGGCAAGCGAGUAUGUUCGAAGGAGAGAAAUAAUACGUGUGUUUGAUAGAGAAAAAAAUGAAAUUGGUAAAAUUACCAAAGCAGUAUUUGAUUCACGACAACCAGAAACAGUUAGUGUUGAUGUAGCCCUCGUAGAGAUUACAGGUCGACACCCUAGUGAUGGGUACUUCUCUGAUGUUUAUUCAGUAAACCAGUUAUGCGAAGCUGGCUUUUCAGUGCAACAUGUACCACAUUUUUCGAAUGGACAAAUAGAGAAAAUUUCUACCUCCAAUUUCCGAAAGCAAGUCAUAAAGGUGGGCGCCUCCAGUGGACUGACAAUUGGCUCGCUAAGAAUGGGCAGAAGUUGUGCCCAUAUUAUGGAUGAAUGCGAUGUAAACAUUGAUGGCUCAUUUAAUAUUCAGUUGUUUGGACAGUUAGAAGUUUUGCCAAGGAUAGAUCCCACCCAACCUUCCGACUCCCGACAACCUUUUGUGAGUGAUGGAGAUUCCGGCGCUCUCGUAUUCGCUAUUUACAACGAUAACCCCAUGGUUCUUAAAUGCAUUGGAAUGGUUGUUGCAAGGACAUCCUAUGGGUCAUGCCUAAUGACUCCCAUAGACAAAGUACUUGAUGCCCUGGGCCUUCCAUAUAAUUGUUUUUCCAAGUUUUCAAUACCAACCAACAAUCAAGACUCUGAUUCCGAGAGUCUUCGAAGUAUGAUUACGUCAAUCACUCAACAACUGACGGCGAUGCAAUCUACAAUUACAACGUUGACAAGUAAAUCCGAGAGCAUGGCUACCAAAAGUGACGUUGAAAGUCUAAAAAAAGACUUGGUAAAAUUUAAUGACAGGUUAACCAUUGCUGAAUCAAAAGUCAGAGGAGGGAGAGAAUCUGAUGAAACCCAAGAUUGAGAUCAAACGGUUAAUGAUCAUUGGUCAAAUAUCAACAUUUACACCGAACUAAAGAAUGUGAUUUUUAGAGCAUUUGAGUAACCUUUUGUGAUUGGUAGUUAGACACCAUUCGUCUUCAACUCUUGCGUUAACAUUUGAACGUAAUGGAAUACAAGUACAUGACCAUUUUAAUCAAUAAACUAAAACUGUGUAUUUCAUAGUCACUUUACUAUGAUUAAGGUUUAGUCACCUAUAGAAUUAUGUACCCUUUGGCCAGGGGAAAGGUCUUAAUUUAGGUCGUAAUCCAAAUGAGUAUAUUGAUGUUCAAGAAUAGUCUUCUUCGAGUUUGUUUAUAGUUAGUGGACAGUUAAUGCAAAGUUAUUAAAAGCAUGUAUUUCUCUAUCACAAUUUUUAAAAUGACUGUCUUUACACCUGUGCUAGGGUUUCAGGUAUUACGGAAGAUAUAAGUAAGAAUUAGGAUACUACAGUACAUGUUAACAAACUACUAUAUGUGUAGAGAUGAAGCGUGUGAAGACUAGUUACUGAACUCUCAGGUAGCGGUAGUCUUAUUACAAAAAUACAGUACAUGCAUGUAUUGUUUUUAAAAUGCACUUUCAUUAUACAUGUAGGACGUUGAAAUAACUAUGUACAUUUGUUUUUUGCUUUUUAAAGAUUUUCUUUGAUUGUUUCAGCUAUGCAUUGAGUAGUUAUAUGUUACAUUGUAUACCGGUGACCUUUAAGGUGUAUACAUUGUAUGUCUCUUGUUUCAAUAGUAAUUUUAUUCAUCAUUAUGCAGUUUUGUGCAACCAAAGAGAACUGUUAAUUUCAUUUGUUGUAAUACACUCUUGUUCUUUUUAUUCAUUUAGUUACAUGUAAACGUCAAACACGCUUGUGAGGAAAUGGACAAUCAUGUAAACGUAUUUACUGUACAUACUCCUUUAUAUCAUGUGUAAAACAACAUAAACUUACGAAUUAUUUUAUAAUGCAUAAUUUUAUCAAUACAAAAAUGAUUUAUCUGUGAUAAGAUAAUACUGAAUAUAUUCCUUUAGAUUGAAUAAAUUGCAUGGUUAACUGAU